AUGCCAAAGCGAGGUGGUGCUGAGUCAACCCGCACACACCGCCUUCCCCCACAGGGGGCGCUAAAUCGAGAUGCGCCCCUCAAAAGGCUCUGCUUCCCUUCGUCUACCUUCCUUCCCGACACCCUCAUCAACUUCCUGCUCCAGCUUAUCGCACCCCCAGCUUCCACGCUUCCAGGCCGUUUACGACGAAAGGCCGAGUUUAUGUCCAUCGAAAACCUUAAGACCUUCGACCCCUUCGCCGAAGCUGACGAAGACACCGGCGAGACUAAACAGUCUCAAAAUUAUAUCCAUAUACGGAUUCAGCAGCGCAAUGGUCGUAAGACCUUGACCACCGUCCAGGGUCUUCCUAAGAAGUUCGAUCAGAAGAAGAUUUUGAAGGUGAUCAAGAAGAAGUUCGCCUGCAAUGGAACCAUCGUCAAUGACACUGAGAUGGGCGAGGUGAUUCAGCUGCAAGGAGACCAGCGUAAAGAUGUUCAGGAGUUUUUGACCGACAAGAAGGAAGGUCUCGAGCUGGACGCCAAGACCAUUAAGGUCCAUGGAUUCUAA